ACUAGUGUUCACCUCCGCCUGCUUCUCAGCGGACGGGAGUCGUUACCUCGCCGCAGUCCGCCUCCACACUCAGGGGAAAGCGGGAGAGAAGACACGCAGCAGCGCCGGAGCCGUGCGCCUCUCAGAGGGAACGUGAUUUACCAACGGAUCUGAUCGGAUAUUUGAGACUACUGGAAAUACUACUGAAACACAUUUUCUCUUUGGGUACAACCUGUAACUAGCUCGGAUACUUGAAGGAUCUGUGAGGCUCUCCUGUAACCAUGGGGGACGUGGUUUCAUCUCACCUGGAUGAGAGCAGACAGGAGAUGAUAACAGCUCGAACCAGAGAUGUGAUGAAGGAGUUCAGUGAUGUGUUUGAGCAGCAGUACUCAGUCGCUCUCUUUAACAGCGUUCGCUUUGAGAUAGAAGGAGGAGGAGGAACGCAGUCACAGCUGCUUCACAGGAAGGACCCUCUGGCAGGCCGGUCCAUCUUUUCAGGGAGUUUGUUUCAGUAUCUGGAGGAGAAUCGGAAGUGGAGGAGUCGCUUUGUGUCUGUGCCAAACAGCUACACCAUCAGCCUCUAUGAGAGCAAAACAGCACACGAUCGGGGCCUUCACCCAAAAGUAACAAUCAACUGCGCUGGGUAUAAGGCCCUCACCUCCAUGGAGGAAUACACCGAGCUAAUAAAUACCAGCCUGCCAGGUAUCAAGGCCAAAGCGAGCAGUACUCCGUUUAUCAAGUGUGCGUCCCAGUUCCCUCUCAUCCUGUGGCACCCGUACGCCCGCCACCACUACUUCUGUGUGAUGACAGAGAAGGAGCAGAACAAGUGGCACGCAGUGCUGCAGGACUGCGUCAGACACCGUAACAAUGGUUUGCCAGAGGACUGCACAGUUCAGACGCCAGCCUUCACUGACGCUGUGAGACUUUACAGACAAACCAAGGGACACUACGGAACCUGGGAUAUGAUGUGCGGGGCACCCCCACAGAUUCUGGCUAAUCUGGUGAUGGAGACCCUUCAGCCAGAGCUGCGAAGCGUGAUUGGUCCUCGUCUGAAGGGGAAGCUGCAGCAGAGGCAGAGGGAUUGGAUGUUGAUCUCUGAUGCCGUGUACAGGCAGGUGUUGUCUCAGACCACCGGUCAGUAUGAUGCACUGGUCGAAGGCUGUGAGGCCCAGAGAGCUCCACUGGACGCCAGACUGCGAACCGACAUGGACCAGAUCAUCACGUCUAAAGAACAUGUCAGCAGCAAGAUACGAGCUCUGGUGUUGCCCAAGGCGGAGCAACUCCUGCAGACCAGCGUCCAGCCCUACAUCAGCUCCAUCCUGGAGGCCCUGAUGGAGCCCACCAGCCGAGGCUUCUCUGAGGUCCGGGACAUUUUCUUCAAGGAGAUGGUGGACAUCAGCAAGAACUCGCUCAACGGAGCGGGCAAAGACAAACUGGGAGACCACAUGGAGAGGCUGUCCAUGCUCGCCUUCCACCCGGUGAAGAUGCAGAGCUGCUAUGAGAAGGUGGAGCAGCUCAAUCUGGAGGGGCUGCAGCAGAGGUUCGACGUGGCCAGCCCCUCGGUGUUCAUCAGCAGGGCUCAGAUCCUCAUGAGGGAGCAAAUGGACAAUGCAGUCUACACAUUCAUGCAGCUGCUGCAGCAGUCUUUAGAGACCCAGGGAGAAGAUGACAUGUGCAAGACCAUGCAGCGAUGCCAGGACAGGGUUCUCAAGAAAUAUGAUUAUGACAGCAGCACAGUGCGCAAGAAGUUCUUCAGAGAGAGUCUCCUGCAGAUCAUCAUCCCAUACAUGCUGCAGCAGCUCUCGCCAUCCUGCUCACCUGAGCUGCCUCGCUUCGAAGAGCUCAUCUUCGAGGACUUCUCCCGUUUCCUGCUGGUGGAAAACAUGUUCGAGGAGGUGGUGCUGCAGUCUGUCUCCAAGGACAUAAUGAUGGCUGUGAAGGAUGCAGCUCUCCAAAGGAGACACAAUCUGUACAGGGACAGCAUGAUUCUGACCAACAGCGACCCCAACCUGCACCUGCUCGGAGAAAACCCUCAGGUGGAUUGGGCUACUAGAUUUGGCGGCGACGAGCCGGAGGGCUCUGUCGGCGGGGGCAGAGUUGAAGGAGGGGGUUCUGGGAGCAGACGCAGGCAGGUGGUGUCCAUGAUCCAGCUGGACGGGGUGCCUCUGCCCUUCGAGUCCUGCCUGGAGGUCCCAGGCGUGGAGCUUAUCCCUGAGGAGGAUGCCGAGAUGCUUGAGGGCAAUGAGGAGGACCGAGGCCCGCCUGGGGAACCCAAGUCUCCUGACAGCGUGCAUGGAAUCAGAGACCUGAUCAAUCCAGUGGUGGAGAUGGUGCUUCCAGUGUCGCAGGAGAGCCCGAGCGACGUGAGUACCAGGACGGAGCCCACCACAGGCACCGUCACCAUGCAGGAUGGGCUGCAGGAGCAUGUGACACACGUCACCACAGUGGUGGAGGACUUCCCCAGGAAAUCUCUGCGAGACAAGACGUCCCCGCAGGCAAUUCUGCAGCAGCUGGUAGGAAGCAGGAAGCAGGAAGCCGAUAAGGAGCAUCAGGAGGAAGCAGCCAUCAAGAACGCCAUUGAGGAAAUAGAGAUAGCGGUACAGGAAGACGAGAGGGAACGGAUUACUGAGGUCUCCGCAGCAGAUUUAGAUGGUGAGUCGUCGCUGCGGCCACCACUGGCUUCAGACUUUAGCUCACGUAACGACAGCGGCUUCCAGUCACAGACCAACGAGGGGCUGGAUGAAGAUGAGCCGCAGCCAAUCCCAAACGGUCUGAACGGAGAGGACAAAGUUAUCGACCCGGUAGAAGUGGAAGUGGUUUUAGCAUAGGAAGACAAUCCUCUGGACAGAACUCUGAAAAUGGAAAAAGCCUUGGAGAGAAACCAGCAGAGUGCAUCACAUGUAACGGGAGAGAAGUGGGAAGAAUAAGGCACGUAUUUAAAGGUUUCAUUCAAAGUGUAUUGUCGUUGAUAAUGCAGACUCCAAAACCAACUCUCCCAUCCGCCCCAAGGCUUUUUUUCUUUGGUGAUCGGUUCCUUUCUAUCCAGCUUAGUGACUCUCAAUGCAAAAUGUAUUCGUAUUUUGUGUAUGACACUGCUUUAAACACAUCUGCUCCUUUAUGCUAUGUUAACAGGCUGAUGGUCCAUCACAAGGAUCGGGGAUUUUAAAGUGAUAAUCCACUUUUUAAACCUUACAAAAUAAGGGAGGAACUCUAAAUAACAACUAAGUUAUUCGUUUUUUUUUUUUUUUUUUUACAGUUUUUCCCUUUGUAUAGCUUUAAUGAGACACAGCCUCUACCUGGGCAGCAGGGGGUGCUACAAGCAACAUUUAGAUGGUGUAAGGGGAUUUGUAUGUGUAUUUUAACUACUAAUUUCUGAAAUACCGGUAUCUAUUUUUAUAAAAUGUAUUUUUUUUUUUUAAUGCAGUUUGUUUACUUUGAAGUUUUUCCUGUAUUCGCAAAUGGCCUUUAUGUUUCAACACUAGAUAUUUAGGACAAUCUGUCAGGAAUGAUUUGCACUUCCACUGUUAUUUAAGAGGUUUUAUUUUUUUGACAACAAAACUUGCCACUUUGCUCGUGGGUGUAGAUGACCAACAUACAGUAAAUAAUGGCUCUUUGUGAUUACGCGAGAGAUUCUUAAUGUCAACUUCUGUUUCCCAAAUAUCACUGAUAAAUGUUUUACAACUCCGUGGUAACUACAGUGAGUCAAACGUGGCAAUUUUCUAUUCUAACUUAUCUUAUACCUAUCUUUUCUAACUUAAUUCAAAUUUUGGGUGAAACAUUUUUUAUAUUUCAUGUCAUUUGGAUGAAGUGGCUUUCACAAGAGUUUAAUGUGUAUUUGUGUAAAAAAAUAAAUAAUAGUAUAGAAUAAUAUCACUGAGGUGCACGGUAAAUAUGGACAUUUUUGGUAGCGCUUUACAGAAUUUCCUGAUAAGUUUCCUGGAAAUAACUGUUGAAUUUGGUACUAUGCAUAAGGAAAUUAGAUACAAAGAUUUUACAUAUAUGUUGAAUAUAGCUGACAAACUUUACAUAACAGCAAAUAAACAGAGAAAGCAAAAGUAACAGGAAGGCUGUUGGAGGGAAAGUGUUGUAUAUACAGAGUAGAUAGAGGUACUAGAAGUGGAACAUUUUAGGUAAAUAAAAGGACAAA